AUGUCGCUGGUGGUGGAGCUGUUUUGGAGUUCCGACUUCGUCUUGACCUUCUUCACCGGCUACUACCGAGAGGGCUUCUUGGUCAUGGAGCGCUGUAAAGUUGCCCGUCAUUAUGCGAAGACCUGGAUGCUCUUUGACUUCACCUUGAUCCUCAUCGACUGGAGUGUCGAUGUUUUGGACUUGCUGACUCAGGGCAGCUCCUUCACUCAAGUCUUUUGA